AUGUUGCUAGGCAAACUGUCGCCUGGGCUGUCGCGCGCUAUCAAGCGAUCCAGCCGAGGAUGGCAUUCCUCUCCCCCAGAUACGGGAAGCGUGGGCUUACCGAGAAGCCGUUUGAACAUGCAGUCCCCGCCAGCAGACCCUGAACCGGCUUACCUUCACCAAGCAAGUGGUCAUUUAAGCUUGAAGUGCCAUCUACGAAGUGAGAGGGGCCCCGUGGAGUCGCGAAGGAGCCGUAUUGUGGCGAGGAUUGAAAGAUGUCGACUCAUCCAGCGCCUUUUUAAGAGAGAAGCACAUCGCGAGUCUUGCGUGAGCUGUCUAGAACGCAUGCCGGCCAAUAAGCUGGUGGAUCUACCUUGCCAGCAUAAGUAUUGCAAUAGGUGCAUCAGGCAGAUGGCUGUCAUAGGUAUGGCAGAUGAGCAGUUAUUCCCACCAAAAUGUUGUUCAUGGACGAUAUCGUCAGAGAUCAUCCUCCCCAUACUGUCAACAAAGGAACAAGAGCUGUUUAUCUUGAAAACAAAUGAGUAUGCGACGCCAGUUAAAGAUCGCUGGGAUAUCGGACACAAACCUGUCCGUGCUGUAGCACGACCAUCUGCUCAGGGUGUCGCGGUAUUUCUCACAGCUCAGGAGACUGCCAUGAUACCGGUCUGUCAGCGGUCCUUGAAGUGGCUCGGCUGCAACGAUGGCAGAGGUGCUUUAAUUGUGGUGCAGUGGUGGAACUCAUAUUUGGAUGUGACCAUAUCACGUGUAGAUGCAGAGCACAGUUCUGCUAUAAAUGCGGUAACCCGUGGUCAUCCUGCGUUUGUGUCACCCCAACAGAGAGGCCAGUGGACCUUUUCACAUUUGUUAUUGAUGGAAAUGCGCUUAGUCGAGAUGAAGAAGCCGGACUUACAGCAGGAAGAAAAGGGCGCCGAGCUAGUUGUCGUCCAGAAGGUUGCAUGGGCCAAGACAGGAAUAUCCCCAUUGUUCUGGCAACUUGAUGAGAACAAUAUACGCUUGCUAUAG